AAAACAAAAAGUCGACACGCGUAAACAACUAGUGCUAAGCAAACUCCAAACUCCAAUCCGAAGUCUCCUCCACCUUCAUUUCUCUUUCUUUCCUUCUCCAUUCUUCCAUCAAACAAUUCCAAUAUCCAUUUCUCAGCAAUGGUUACACCGCCCGUUACACCGCCAAAUCCUCAACAAAUACAACAAUUCCUCUCCUCCGUCCUCUCCCAACGCGGCCCCUCUGCGCUUCCCUAUGCCGAAGACACCAAGUGGCUCAUUCGCCAACACCUCCUCGCUCUAAUCUCAACCUACCCUUCUCUCGACCCCAAGACGGCGACCUUUACUCACAACGAUGGCCGAUCCGUUAAUCUUCUACAAGCCGAGGGCACCAUCCCCAUGCCUUUCCAAGGCGUCACCUACAACAUCCCCGUCAUCAUCUGGCUCAUGGAGUCUUACCCCCGCAAUCCGCCCUGCGUGUACGUGAACCCCACACGCGACAUGGUUAUCAAACGUCCUCACCCCAAUGUUAACCCUUCGGGCCUCGUUUCAGUUCCUUAUUUGCAGAAUUGGGUUUACCCUAGCUCCAAUCUUGUCGAUCUCGUACGCGAGUUGAGCGCGUAUUUCUCACGCGAACCGCCACUUUAUUCGCAACGUAGGCCUGCGGUUUCAAACCCUAACCCUAACCCGAGUUCUAAUUCUAAUCCGAUUGCAUCGAAUUACGGAUCGUCGGCUGGUACGCGUCCUCAUCCGGCUCCGGCGCGGCCGUAUCCGCCGUCUCCGUACGGGAGCCGGGUUCAGCAUCCUCCGCCGCCGCAGACGGAUGACCCGACGGAGGUUUAUAAGCGGAACGCGGUGAACAAGUUAGUGGAGAUGGCCCACGGGGAUAUUGUGGGAAUGAGGAAGGCGCGUGAGGCGGAGAUGGAGGGUUUGUUUAGCACACAAGCGUUUUUGAGACGUAGAGAAGGAGAAAUCGAUAAGGGUUUGAAAGAAUUGCAAGACGAAAAAGAAGGAUUGGAACAGCAAUUGCAAAUGGUGUUGAUGAAUACAGAUAUUUUAGAAGCUUGGGUUAGAGAAAAUCAAAACAAAACCAAAGAUUUUAAGGAUUUAGAUGUAGAUAAUGCGUUUCAAUGCCUGGACGUGUUGUCAAAGCAAAUGUUGGAUUGUACAGCAGCCGAUUUGGCAAUUGAAGAUGUGGUUUAUUCAUUGGACAAGGCGUUGCAGGAGGGAUCUGUGCCGUUUGAUAUUUACUUGAGGAAUGUAAGGUUAUUGUCAAGGGAGCAGUUUUUCCAUCGCGCCACUGCAGCCAAAGUUCGGUCGGCGCAAAUGCAGGCACAGGUUGCGAGUAUGGCUGCUCGGUCUUCACAUUAUGGUACAUGAAAGAAAACUGAAGAAGUUUGUGUUUAUUGGAUUGUUUACGAAAAUUGAAGGUUUAAUAUAACAAUUAGUUGAAGUUUAGCUACUAGUGAAAAGUUAUUCAUGUCAUUCAUCCGGAAAAAAGAAAAAAAAAAUUGAUAAUGUUAUCAAUUUUGGUCUCUUAUUAUAUACCUAUCUUUUUUUUUUUUUUUUUGAACUUUGGAUUUAGAUUGUUCACUGUGCAUUUGUAUUGAUAGGAAAGAAUAAUAUACAUUUAUCUCAAAUGAUAUGUGAAUAUUGGUCAAUUUGAUGUUCUGAAUUUUUUUUUUCAUUGAGCUGAUAAGAAACUGAGUUGGCGUGCUUA